AAAACAGACACUACCCGAAGGCUUUGGCUCAAACAAGGAGCUCAGGAGCUCUUUUCUGCAUGCAUGGAACCUACGUAGGCAGCUUUCGAAUGUUUAUUGUUUGGUGGGUGUCAGCCUGGUUCUUCUUGCGCAAAUGUGAGCCAGAGAAUUCAUCUUGGUAUUUACACCUAAUAUCGGCAUUGUUUUUGUUGCUUUCAACCCGUGGAGUUAUAAUUUUAAUGUGAAUUAGAGUCCAAUAAUGCUUCCUAGUCCAGUUACUUCGACUCCUUUCUCAGUCAAAGAUAUUCUUAACCUGGAACAGCAGAGUCAACAGCACCAAGCCCUGCACCAUCAGCACACACAUGUCCAGCUGCAGCAGGAUUUACAACAGUCGCAGCAUUUCCAGACAUCAUCCUGCAUGCUCGCGACUAGAGCGAGCCCUGGGUUUUCGGACGGAGAGGAAAAAAUGUCGUAUCUAAACUCUUUGACUGUCCCGGAGAGCCAUGGGGAUGUUAGUAUCUCUUCCGACAUUUAUGUUCAUGCUAUUGGAAACUCGAACGACUCCAAGCUGGAAGCGGAUCAUCUUGAAGAUCAAGACACUAAAAGCUGUGGUGUUAAGAGGUCCCAGGACUGCGAUGACAACAGACAGGAAGACCCUGAAAGGCCCAAGCAGAGAACUAGACGGAAACCUCGAGUGCUUUUCUCUCAGGCUCAAGUGUUUGAACUGGAACGGCGGUUUAAACAGCAGAGAUACUUGUCUGCACCCGAAAGGGAACAUCUGGCUAGCACUCUGAAGCUCACCUCCACUCAGGUGAAGAUAUGGUUCCAAAAUCGACGUUACAAAUGUAAAAGACAACGGCAGGACAAGUCUCUAGAAAUGGCCGGACAUCACCAUCCCCCACCACCCAGACGUGUGGCAGUGCCAGUUUUAGUCCGGGAUGGUAAACCCUGCUUGGGAGGGUCUCAGAACUACAGCACUCCAUACACAGUGGGAACAAGCCCUUAUGGCUAUAAUAGCUACCCAAACUACAGUACUUACAGCAACCCCACCUAUAACUCAAACUAUAGCUGCAAUUAUUCCAGUAUCCCCUCAAUUCCACAGAAUAAUGCCUUCAUGAACAUGAAUUUCAGUAGCAUCGGGACUUUAAGCAAUGGUUCGCAGCCACAAACGCAUCAGGCGACAACAGUUUCAUCUUGCCAAGGAACACUACAAGGAAUACGAGCGUGGUAGCAGCUUAUUAAACAUGCACCUUGCCUUAAAGACAUAAUUGGUUACAAUUUUCUAGAUAUUAUUUUUUUAUUUGUACUGUGUGCAUUGUAUAUACAUUUACAAUCAAUGAACUAUAACAAGGACAAUUUAUGGCGAAGCUUCGGGACUUAUGAUUAAACAAAAUCUUAGUUGAAUAUUUAUGUUUUAAAGGUUAUAAGUGUUAUCUCAUUUAUUAUGAACUGCCAACUGGCCUUUUCUUUUUUCUUUUUUUUUUCUAGAAUGUAUUAUUUUCCUUAAGAUCAAAGGUAAAAGUUACGCAAAGCAAUGUUCACUGCAUUUUUUACGUUAUACUUCAGAUUGCAUAAUCUAUUAAUCGAAUUCUCUUUUCAUAUUCCUGUAUAAUUUUUCAUGGAACAUAAACAUAACAUGUAUGAACCGAAAAUAAUCCCGUAUUUAACUUUUUAUAAAUUCCAUCAAUGGGUUGAUUUUCCACUUACAUGAUGCCGAAUACAUCGUCAUGGGCUGUAUUAUGGUGUUCUAUGUAUGCCCUAAAGAAAGAAAGAAAGAAAGAAAGAAAGAAAGAAAGAAAGAAAAUUCAUUCUUAAAGGGACACCAUCGCCAUUUUGGCCUGCGAGCAUUUUUUAGCAUGACACAUACCUCAAAAUAUGCCACUAAGUGCCAUUUCAUAAACUUUUAAUGGGAAAAAAAAUAUGAGGAUAUUAUGUGAUGCCCUUUGAAAAAGAUGCUAGUAUUGUUUGUUUCAAACAUUUCAUAUCCACAAAAAUAUAGCUGACUUCUUCAACAAAUUCUUUAAAUAAAUAAGUAUUAAAUAACUUAAUGCUUGUUGUAAUGCUUACGGGACUUUAUGUAUUUUACUUUCAGACAUGUGGGGGCCUGCAUGUCCAAACAUUGAAGUGCAAAAGACACAUAAAGAUUUCUUUGUUAUACGGGAUGCGAGAAUGUAUUUAGCGCACUGCAGGAAAACAUAUUCACAAAUAGUAUAACAUUAAACACAAAAACGGAAGAUCUAAAAAGAGAAAGGAAAAAAAAUAAAUGAAAAACAACUUUGAAAAGCAACGCUCGAGUUUUUGGUGUUCCCAAAGGAAGACUAGCAAUCAAAUGUUCGAAGAUUUCGUUGUUAUUGUAGGGUUAAUCGCACGACUAAUCGCAGCCGCCCUUUGUGUUCCCAUAUCAAGUCUUGUGUUAAAAUGUGAUUAUUAAAAACAGUUCAAACAAUUACUAAUCGCACAACCUUACUAAAGACUAUCAGAUGGUUGACGAAAAAGUCUAAACAGGCUUCUAUGCAUUUAUUUCUCCGGACCAGAAAUGCACAGUAAACGUACGCGUGGAUAUUCCCCGCUACUUUUCAAAACAGGAAGCGUUAAAUGUAGAAGAUCCGUCCUCGUUGCUAGUAGACCUUAAUUCCCUUUUUAAUCAAGAGCUAUUUAGACGUUGCUCACAACGCUUUUCUUUUUGUUAGCCUCUUGUCAUUUAGCAAAAUGUCUUACCAGAGCCGGUUAGAAAGGGCAACCCAGCCACACUCGAAUUAAUUGUCAAAGUGCCAAGUGGUGUGAAAGGGGAAAGUUAUUCUAGGCUUUGGAGCUUUGCGGGUGCGAUUAGGCAUCUAAAAUACACUGAAAGAAGCAGUUCGAGUUGGGUUGGAAGCUAGGAAUAAUGGCCUUUAUUGGAUUCAUGAACAAAAGGUGUGUGGCAGGAAGGCUAGGUCCUCAGGAGAAACAAAAAGACCCAAGAGCUACUAGAUUGACGUCCUUAAAUAUGUCUCAUUGAUGCAGAGGCGGGGGCAUUAUUUAGAAGGCUGGUUAAUAGGAGGAUGGAUAAAAAUGUGUUCAGUUUUGUUCCUUCCUUUCUGUGAGCAUAGAAAGGAGCCCUGAUUAGGGGGAGAGCUCUCCAGCAGGGCCCUUCCAGCUCAGGCAAGCUGGAGGUUACAGCAGGAGGCUGUCUGUCUGAAUGAAGGGUCAUUAUUGCUACAUGUUUAGCCAUUUCCCUUUUGCAAAAUCAGAGAUUGGUCGGGACUGGGGGAAUUCUGACAGACAGGGUAAAGAAAAGCAAGAAGGGUAUAGAAAUAAAGAAUGAAUAGGAACUGUAUAUAACCAGGGCCGUUGUUUAAUCACUCCAUACAAAAAUCUGCUUUCGGUUAAGAUGUUUCAACCUCGUAUUAAUGUCCGCUAAAAUUUAUCCGCUAAUAAUAUUUACUGUAUCUUUAUAAUUGCAUUUACCUUAACUUUGAAUGUUAGUUCACACAUUAAACACGAAAGUGUCAGCAAAAGUCAUGUUUUUCUAAUAGCUUGUAGACACCAUUAGGCCACUUUUACAUUAACGUAAUGCAUUUACGCUAUGCGCAAAGUACUUUCACAUGAUAACGGCAAUCGCACGUUUUCAACAGGGCGUUUAUUAAGUUGAUAAAUAAACAUUUAGGCAGUGUUACCAAACCAAUAUCUUUUAAACACGUUAGGCAAACUAAAUUCGGGAGAGUAAAGAGUACAACGGUAAAAAUGCGGAUUUUUGUUUUUCCACAAUUGGCAACAGGGAGAAGAAAGCCCGAUAAAAGAUGUAUGAUUUCAUUCGAAAAUGAUAUUUUGUAUGCUUGAAUAAUUUUAAGACGGUGAUGGGUUUACCUGUUAAAUUCGAAUCCUAGACCUAACUAUAAAUGUUUUAGAAUCAAUAAACUUGGUGCUCUAAAAACGGCCUCACUAUGGUACCACACUGCAUGUGUAUUUUAUAAAUCCUCUUUUUAGAUAUGAGUAUAUCAUAAUUGCUGCGCGUAAUGUCAUGCUGAACUAGUUUUAAAUGAUCCCAUUUUACAGUAUACUUAAUUAAAAUUGCUUUCGAUUCUUCAAAUGUGGGUUUCUAUUUCAAUGGCAACAUUUGUGAGAACGAGUCUUGACCAUUAUCGAUUGCAGAAAUCAUAAACCUCGAUCUUGAAUCAGACCUGAACACUCGUCUAUCCCCUUUGUGGUGUUUUUGAGCUGCAAGGAGUUUCUUCAUAGCUGGAUUUCUUUGUAAUAGUGUAUGAAAGAAUUCAGGGACAAAAACAUACUUGGGUGGCCAUGUUUCAAAAAUAGCUCUGACAAAAAAGGAAAAAAGAAAGUUGUAAAAGUUUUCCACAGGCCUAAUUAGUUUCUGCCAGGGUUCAAUUUGCACUGGAUUUUAAUGUAAGAACAAAUCAGGGGAUGUUUGAAAAAUACAGAGGCUUUCUUUCCUGUGCAUUUUAUUCCAAAUUAUUUUAAUAGUCGAACAAAUUUCUAGUUUUACUUCGGAUUCUGUUUUAUACAUCCUUGUCAAGUGUAUAGACUGGACAGCAGAAAACCAUACUUGAAUAUAAAGACAAUAGGAAACUGAAGACUGUCGGACAAGACCUUAAUGUGCAGUCUGCCUCCCAGUCCAGCUCUUCAUCUCUUUUCUGUUUCUCUCUCCCUCAUAAGCACGCAAAUUAUUAGUAAACGUACAAUUAUCUACCGUUAGUCCAUUUCUUCAUUUUAUCAGGAGGACUUCCAAGAUUUCAUAUACUGUAUGCUAUACGUAUAUCAAACGAAACAGGUGAAACGUAAAUAUAAAUACGUUAUAGCAGCACUUCUGACAUGCACGCUGAUAGUUGUACAGCACCUUACAAGUCCAUACUUUUCUGAAAAGAUGUAUGUAACUAAAAGGUAGUAUGUGUCCAGCCCCGCUGACUAAUAGCAGAUUAGUUGUUUUUUUUUUGUUUUUUUUUAGUAAAUUAUUAUCUAAUGUAUAUCUAUUUGUUAUUUUUUCCGUAUGUUAAAGUGCUCAGCCAGGAGUCAACCCGACAGUAACAUUUCUUGUAUCGCUCAGUUUUAUUCUUCGUUCUGUUAAUCUCUUUAACAAUUAAAAGUAGUGACUUGUAUUUUA